AUGACGGUGUUCGUGCUCAAUCUACACCAACGGGGCCCCAAUAAGUGCGCGAUGCCCCGCUGGAUCAAGGAAAUCCUCGUCAACAAAAUGGCGCCCUACCUCUGUCUCCAGGAAGAAGCAACACCAACACUGCUUUACUUGGCAGUGGCGAUUUCGGCUCUACACGACAACGACAUUCUAAACCUCUAUAAACACACUUUCCAAGGCGACGGGACGUAUUAUGGAGCAAAGACUUCUGGAUUAUGUUCGCUGGACGUACCACACCUGCCGCCUGUGGCCCGUCACGUGGACAAACUCGUGGCGCUGAACGGCCAACAAAUGUUCGGCUCCUCCGCGUGCGGUAUGUGCCUCCAAGUAACGGGGAGCGGACAAGGGGCAGGAAACGACCCCAUCACGGGCACAUUUACCGCCUACGUUAAGGACCUGUGCCCAGAGUGCCUGGCUGGGUCGGUUGACCUAGCGGAAGAUGGUGACGGGCGGUGGGGCGUCAGUAUUCGGGCGGUGCAGUGUCCGUCUUCUGGUCCCAUUGAGUACGCGCUCCAGGGCAGCAACGAUUGGUACAUAAAGCUCCAGGUUAGGAACGAGAUAAUUCCAGCGACUACCGUUGAGAUGUUCCAGCCUAAGAGCGGUAUCUGGGUUCCUCUGGCGAGGACGGCGGAUGGCUUCUGGACAUUUCCGGCUAGCGGCGGGGUCGACAAGCCGAUUCAAAGACCUAUCCAGCUCCGACUCACAUCCCCGACCGGACAGACCGUCACCGACCAUAUCAACCCAUCGUCCAUGGCAUUUACCGGGAUUAUUCAUGGCCAGGACAAAGUCCAAUUUUCCUUCGAUCCAUCACUUCCGAGAGCUUCUUAG